AUGAGCAAACUAUCCUUCGCCAUCCUCUGCUACUUCCUCUCCCUUGCUCGCGCGACGCCUGCAGCCCCUCAGCAAUACUGCAAACCCGUUGUGGGUUCCCCAGGUUGGCCCUCAGUCUCUGACUGGCAAGCUUUGAACAACUCGGUCUCAGGCCGCCUCAUCGCACCUGUACCUCCAGGUCUGGUCUGCCAGACCAACAGUUCGGUAUACAGCGCACAAGCCUGUGGCCAGUUAGUCACCCAAUGGAGCAAUUCGUCCUUUCAUGCCGAGGACCCUUUCACAACCGACUACAACGAUGAUUCUUGCCUCCCUGACCCUCGAGCGCCAUGCUCUACGACACUCCUGCCUGCAUAUGUGGUCAAUGCCACCAACGCAGCUGAGGUUCAAGCUGCUUGCCGAUUCGCGUAUAGGACUGGGGUCAGGCUAAUAGUCAAAGGGACGGGCCAUGACUUUUUAGGACGAUCGUCCGGCCGAAGCUCACUCUCCAUCUGGACGCAUAACAUUCGCGGCGUCAACGUCACGAUGGGAGAUUCUCAAGCGAAGCGGUAUGGCGGCAUUGCUUCCGUCAAGAUCGCAGCUGGUAUGCGCUUUGGCGAAAUCUACCAAGCAAUUGCCUCGUACAACCUUACCAUAGUCGGUGGAGCGGAUCCCAAUGUCGGUAUUGGUGGCUGGAUUACUGGGGCUGGACACUCUCCGAUCAGCAGCGCCUACGGCCUGGGUGCAGAUCAAGUCCUCGAGAUGGAUGUUGUCACUGCCAAUGGGACACAGUUGACUACAAACGAGAACGCUUACCCUGGCCUCUUCUGGGCAAUGAGAGGUGGCGGCGGUUCCACCUUCGCGGUGCUCAUCUCAGUCACAAUUCGAGCCUAUCCAGCCCUACCUAUGGCUGUGUAUUCAUUCAGUUACAACACCACCGCGAACAGCGACACGUUCUGGUCUCUAGUAGCGUACUUCCACAAUCAGCUGCCUGAGCUCUCCGACGCCGGUGCCAUGGGCUACUACUUCAUUUUCCCCAACAACAAUGCGUCACAGUCUGAAUCCGCCUAUCUAGGCUCAGUCGCCGGCGUGUGGCUCGUCCCGAACAAGACCGUCGAAGAAGCCCGCCUAAUCUUCAUGCCGAUGGAACAGACUCUGCAGAAUAACACAUUCAAUUGGACUGACAGGAUCUUUCUCCAAAACGCAUCUGUGCCCACGCUGGACUUCACCAAAUUCUGGAUGGCAACCGUUCCGGGUGGAAAUGUUGGAUCAGAAGUCCGACUGGGGUCUCGCCUUCUCGACCGGGCCGCUCUCAAGAGUGACCCGGGAAAGUUGAAAAGGCUCUUCAAGCAAACCACGCCUAUCCCGCAGUAUCCGAUCCUGGGCCACGUCGUGGCGGGCAAGGGUGUCAGGACCGUCAAGAACGGGAUCCCGGGGGGAAGUAACUCUGUCUUGCCCGCAUGGCGCGAAGCAUACACGCACAUCGUGCUCCCUCGAUCUUGGCCAUUUCUGAACGAUACGGCAAAGAUCGCGACGACAACACUCCUCCGUGAUGUUGAGACCGCAGCCCUCCGCCAACUGGCGCCCGACAUGGGAGCGUACGUUAACGAAGCAGACCCGACAGAGCCCAACUGGCAAAAGACGUUCUGGGGGUCGAAUUACCCCAGGCUGCGGCAGUUGAAGAGGCAAUGGGAUCCCAAGAGCGUGUUUUGGUGCGUCCCCUGUGUGGGCCAUACGGAUGGCUGGGAGGUCGUUAGUGACUCUGGUGUCGAGGGCGCAGUGGGGGAGAGUCCGGGGAAGAUCUGCCGGACAACAUAA